AUGGAAUUCUCUUAUUUUGAACUUGUUUUUGGAUCCUUAAUCUGUUCGAUUUUAUUUAUUUCAAUGCGUAGGGAACGACAAAUAAAAUUGAAUGAACCCCCUCUUGUGUAUUAUAAAUAUCCAAUUAUUGGACAUACUAUUGAUUAUUAUAAAGACAAUGAAAAAUUUAUUAAAGAAUGUUAUGAAAAGUACGGAGAAAUCUUUUCUAUAUAUGUCUUUGGUAAAAUUAUAACCUUAGUUGGCGGUGAAUUUUCUUCUGAAAUCUUCAAAAAUCACAAAGAUUUUUCUUUCAGUGAAUCAAACGAAGAGCAUCGCCCAAACGAAUUGGUUAUGGUAAUUCAAAAAAAUUUAACAGGAGAUUUAAAAUACUAUACGAAUCGAGUUCAAAGACAAUUACUUAAAUCUAUUGACGAAAUAAUCGGAGACGGUAAAGAAUUAUCUGAUGAUAAAGAGUUGAUAAAUUCAUUCGCUUAUGCUAUAAAGGAUAUUGGUUCAUACAUAAAAAUUCCACCUAUUUUAAAUUUCAUUCAUCCUAACUUGCACAGGGAAUUUAUAUUAAUGUUGUUUCGUUAUCCAAGUAAUCCCUUCAAAUAUCAUAGAAAAAUCAUUAAACAAAAGAUUACACCAGUGGUUGAGAAACGUUUAAGUGAAAUGAAGAAACUUGACGGUGCUUAU